AUGACCGAUCCGCCCAAGAGGGAGGAGGAGGAGGAGGAAAAGAAGGGUGAACAGAAGGAGACAACAAACGAUGUCAAGGAUGAGAAGAAGGGGGACGAUGAGAUGGCUAAACAAGGUGAUGAACAGGUGAUGAAGAAUGGUGAAAAGGAGAAGAAGGAGGAGGAGGAGGAGGAGGAAAAAGAAGUCAGCGAGAAGGAGGAGAACAACGAGGAGGCCGACAGUGGCUUCGGGCAGUUUGAGAACUCCGAGGGUGACUCCGAGAGUGACUCCGAAAGCAUCGCCGAGAGGGUGGAUGGCAUCAUCCGCGAGAUGGACGAUCAGUCGCCGGAUGAUGCUGAUGCUGAUGCUGAUGAUGAUGACCUGGAUGGGGUCGUCAAGGAGGAGAUUACCGCCUUCUCAGCAAAGGGCAUUAAAGAGGAGAGCAAAGAGGAGGAGCACCUUGGCUGUCUGGAGAACAUGGACGCCUAUCGCAACAGUUCUCACUGCAACCUUCUCAGCAACUAUCUGCAGCAGUUUUCCGCUCUCAACAGCAGCAGCAGCAGCAGCAGCAAUAACAACUUGGGCAAUGGCAGCUAUUCCAACGGCGGCGGCAGCAGCUGCAGCUCAGAAGGACAGCACUUUAAGGUAAAGCUGAAGAAUGCCUACAGAAACUCAGUGUCAGCUUGGGGAUCGGCCCGUUGGGAAUUGGAGACUUUUAUCCCCCAACUGGAGCAGAACGAACAGCAGGAGUUCAGCUCUACUGUUGAUUGCAGCAUGGAGAACAACGAGGACAGUGAAAGCUGUGGGGGCAGCCAUGAAGUUCAGCCAGCAAUUCCAAUGUGCGUCGUCGGCCACGAGGAGACAGAGGCGGCUAAUGCGCUGAUGAUGCUCAGUCGAGGAGGACUCUUCUGA